CACGACGAUUCUGCAGCCUCCCCUCCCCCACACCCUCCAUGCUGCCCCGUACAAGCAGUGGGGAGCUCUGUGUGGGGCCUGUCAUGCUUGUACAGAGCACCCCAGGCCUCCGCUUGGCCUGAUAGCCCUGGUCGGUUGUCCUCCUCCAGGACUAGCCUGGGAUAGAGGAAGCAGCCGCUUGUGCAGGACCAAGUUCCGCCAUGCCGAAGUGCCCCAAGUGCGACAAGGAGGUGUAUUUCGCUGAGCGAGUGACGUCCCUAGGCAAGGACUGGCAUCGGCCCUGCCUGAAGUGUGAGAAAUGUGGGAAGACGCUGACCUCGGGGGGCCAUGCCGAGCAUGAAGGCAAGCCCUACUGCAACCAUCCUUGUUACUCAGCCAUGUUUGGGCCCAAAGGCUUUGGGCGAGGUGGAGCUGAGAGCCACACUUUCAAGUAGACCCAGGUUGUGGAAACCCUCUCUUCCCGCCCAGGCACAUGCCAGGCCUUAACCCCGGACAGCGGGGGGCUCUCAGUAGCCCUUCAUGCCCUUAAUAAACCUGAUCUUUUGGAA